AUGCCCCAGAAUGAAAUGGUGCAAGCCUCCUCAGAAGUUGCAACUGAAGGUGUUGGGGUGUCCCAAAUGCCAAGCUCGGCUCCAGCAGCUGAGACUUGGGGCAAUCCUGUAAUUCCUCCCAUUGACGUCGCUCCUGCUCAAGUUCUUACUAACUCAACUCUUGCUCCUUGCACUCUGCCUGUCUCUCAGGUUAUGGCUCCCACUAUUCUGACGCACCUGGUGCCUCCCUCUCGCAAUGUCGACUACUGCUCUGCAAGCAUUGAUGAACUCUUUGGAGAUGUUGACUGGCGGCAUCGGCGGUGA